AUGGCUUCGGAAGAAUCUGGAGGCGUUCCUGAUCCAAUUGGCAUAUUCGUAGACAACCAGAACUAUGCUUUGGAUGGUAAUGGGAAUAGACUGACCGCGAUGAGCCACUGGCUGUCACAACCUUUGGUUAUCGUACUGCCCAACAGCGUUACCUCGUAUGCCAGCUCGUCGCCGCCUUAUUGGAUAGAUGUACCCUUACUUCCCGGAGGUCCACAGACAGUGGUCGUCGCAGUCUGGGAUGCUUCAGACGCCGUAUUCGACUCUGCUCUGAUGAUUAAAGCUGAAGCCUGCGUUGACUGCAACGAACCUUUCCGACUUGCCUACGUCACAACCACAACUACAUUGGCAGCAGGCGAUACUCCCUACACCUCUACCAUCACUGCUUCGGGAACUGUGUCCGGAACGAUUGAAAUCGGGGUAGCAGCAGAAGAAACCACCAUCACUACCGAGGAGCCUGCAACGACGACAAUUGCAGACGAGACAACAACUACCUCUGAAGAGCCCUCCACAUCAACUGCUCAGGAUGAAUCAACAAAAACUUCUCAGGAGGCAACUAGUACUGCUGAAGAUACUAGUAUGGCAACAACUAGAAAAGAGGCGACCACUAUGACCACCCUUGAGGAGACGACUACUACGACUGCCAAGGAAACAACAUCUACUGCUUCAGGAACGGGCACAGACACUACUACAACCAUUAACACAGGCACUGCCACCGAAACUACCAUAGACGUUAUGGAGACAUCGACCGAAGCCAGUAGCUCAGUCACUUUAGAAGAACUCCCAAACUCUACCAUGGCAAUAAGAGUAACAACAAGUGUCGAACGAAUUGACACAUUUACAGAGUAUUCAACCGUCGUAAUCGAUUCCAUUACUGCCCCAACAUCUGAUACUACAACUAAAACAGUUCCAAAUUCUUCCAACGAGAGCACUACUAGCCUCGAAACAACGGGUUUGUCCGAAAGCUCCAUAGACAGUACAACUACCUCUCGGGAGGAAGUUCAAGUGUCAUCAACCGUUCUAGCAGUCCCAACGUCUACCGACGAGGUCACCCUGAGCUUGAGUAGUGGCCUCUCAAGCGGGUCAGCAACAAGUAAGCUCUCACCGCACAUAUCCUAA